AAUAAGUUCAAUAACAAUUGUAUAAACUGGUAUUUUAGUGUAAGCUAUUACCUUGGUACCCAGUGCUUGGCUGUUAGUGCAGGAAACAUAUAUUUAUGAAUAAUUUUAGGAACGUUUGUUUUGACUUUUAUUUUGAAUUUAAACCUGCUUUUCAGUCGCAGGUCUUUUUACUCCACUGUCAUUCUGCAUAGAAUUGCAUUGCAGUUAAAGUUAUCAAAUUUACUAAAACUGGCUCUAAAUGUGGAAGAAGAUGAAACAGGUGAUACCUUGCAAAUGGCAAUUAUAUUUUUGCCAGCAGGUUUCCUCACAAAAAGAAAAAAAAAUAUAUGAAAUGUUUUAUUAAAUAGUGCUUUAAAUUAAUAUCUUUUUGCAAGUGGAGAACAUGCGCUAGACACAGGCUUUAAUUAACUCUAGGCUAGUAGUACAUCGUUCACUGUUUUAAAUAAUGCAAUUUUGAGUAGUCACAAAGAGCCCGGAACGGGACUUUUAUUUCGUCAGAAGGCGUUUCGCCGUCCAUUGUGUUGUUGACUGCUCACCAUAGCGAGCUUCACACAUCGCUGCUUUUAAUUCUAGGCACAUUCGCUGAGGAAUUUACCACCCAUCAUCUUUUCUCCUUCACUGGUGUCGACGCUCUUCCUGAUUUAUUUUAACUUCCUUAACUACAGUUUUGUUCAAAAGCUUUGUAUAUCUUUUGAAAUAUACAAUUGUGCAUUUGUUUUCCCUGAUAAUAUGGAUUAAUUUGUCGAUGCCUGCUAAAAUUGCCUGGACACAUUUGUUCCACCUGACCAUGCAGAAUAUCCCGGCGAUAACGACACACUGCAAGGAUUAGUGUAGUUUCUAAAGAUCACUGCAUUUUUAUAGAUCAUAUUUACCGGAAUCGCUUUAUUCAUUUUAGCAGGUUUUUCUAAGAAAAGGAACAGGGAAGAAAGGAAAGAAGGAAACCCUCAAGCAGAGCCAUGUCCUUCAGGAGGGGUGUUGUCAGGCAGAGUAAGUUCAGGCAUGUGUUUGCCCAGGCUUGGAAGGCUGAGCAUUGCCUUGAUGAUGUCAGAGUAUCACGCGUGACAUGGGACGGUCCACUGUGCGCUGCCAAUCCGAAGUUCAUUGCUGUUGUCAUUGAGGCCGGAGGAGGCGGAGCCUUUCUUGUGCUACCGCUGGCCAAGAGCGGUCGAGUGGACCAGAACACCCCGACCGUGUGCGGUCAUGCCGCUCCAGUGCUGGAUGUGCAGUGGUGCCCACAUGAUGACAAUGUUAUUGCCAGUGCCUCAGAGGACUGCACUGUCAAAAUUUGGCAGAUUCCUGACGGAGGUCUUACAUCUCCCAUGUCUGAAGCUGUUGUGACUCUUGAGGGCCACAGUAAAAGAGUGGGCAUCCUGGCCUGGCACCCUUCUGCUCUCAAUAUCCUGUUGACUGCAGGAUGUGAUAAUGUCCUGUGUGUGUGGGAUGUGGGCACCGGGGAGGUGGUGUACCAGCUGAGUGAUGUCCAUCCAGACCUGAUAUACAGCGUGAGCUGGAACCGUGAGGGCAGCGUCCUGUGCACCACCUGUAAAGACAAAGCCUUACGAGUCAUUGAUCCCCGGCGUGGAACAGUUCUUAAGGUGCGGGAGAAGGCUCAUGAGGGCACCAGGCCGAUGAGGGCCGUGUUUCUGGCUGAUGGGAAAAUCCUGACAACCGGCUUCAGUCGCAUGAGCGAGAGACAGCUUGCCCUCUGGGACACGAGAGAUCUUUCUGAGCCAAUGGUUACUCAGGAAAUGGACACCAGUAACGGAGUUCUUCUUCCAUUCUAUGACCCAGACACCAACAUGGUUUACUUGUGCGGCAAGGGGGAUUGUACUAUUCGUUACUUUGAGGUGACAGAUGAGUCACCGUAUGUUCAUUUCCUGAGUCUGUACAGCAGUAAGGAGCCGCAGAGAGGUGCUGGUUUCCUAAGCAAACGAGGAGUAGAUGUCAACAAGUGUGAAAUAUCUGACCUGUUUCAAGGGGAUCUGUACCCGGAUACGGCGGGAUUAGAACCCGCUCUACUGGCAGAAGAUUGGAUAGCAGGACAGGACGCUCCUCCAAUCCUUGUUUCCCUCAGCGGGGGCUACACGGCCCCUCCAUCCAAAUGCGGCACGCUCCGGGGUCGACCCAAACUGCUCUCUCAGACCAACACUAGUCCCACCAGCACUACUGCGCCACCAAACCCUAUGGUAGUUGAGAUGGAGAGCGAGGGGUUGGGCCACAGAGAAGGAAGAGGGGAUGUAGAUGGAGGGAUAGAGAGAGUAAAGAAAGAGUCCGACCUAUUUCAAGGGGAUCUGUACCCAGAUACAGCGGGAUUAGAACCCGCUCUACUGGCAGAAGAUUGGAUAGCAGGACAGGACGCUCCUCCAAUCCUUGUUUCCCUCAGCGGGGGCUACACGGCCCCUCCAUCCAAAUGCGGCACGCUCCGGGGUCGACCCAAACUGCUCUCUCAGACCAACACUAGUCCCACCAGCACUACUGCGCCACCAAACCCUAUGGUAGUUGAGAUGGAGAGCGAGGGGUUGGGCCACAGAGAAGGAAGAGGGGAUGUAGAUGGAGGGAUAGAGAGAGUAAAGAAAGAGGAGGACCAACUUUCUGAUGUCCUGACGGAGAUUCGGGCGUUGCGUGCUCUGGUUCUGGCUCAGGGUCACAGGAUCGACGUCCUGGAAAGGCAGCUCGCCCGUAUUGAGGAUGGAGAAGUGUGAAGGAAACUACAAACAUAUCACAACACGUAGCCUUACCCAGAUUCAGAAAGCUUCACUGAAGGGUUAUGGGAAAUGUAGUUCCAUUACUGUGGCAUAGAGAUACAAAGAAGUAAUUGAGCUUUGAGCUUUAUCAGUAUACUUUGGUUUUUAAUGCACUGAAAUUCAAUAUCCUAAAUGCUGCUCAUUUUGUGCUUUUAAUAGGGCUGUUACAUCAGGUACUCACUACAGCUAACUACAGACUUUGAAGUCUAAAUUUGCUUGGGUCACUAUUUGCAUAAACAUGCAAACUUUAAAUAAAAAGCAGACUUGAUAAUCUCUUGUAGCCUGCAUUAAGACGGCAUUUAUAAACGCUUCUACUUAAUGAAAGUAGUCUGAAUCUUGAAACCUUCAGGAAAUGUAAUAAUCUAACAUGCUGAAUUGAUUCCUUUUUUCACUAAAGUUCAAUGGUGUUUAUCAACAUAAGUACAUUGACUAGCACUGUUCUUGGGUUUAGCUGCCCUCAACAGCUCCUCUCUUCCAUUUGUAUGUCUUAACACAUGUAGCAUUGAUUUUUGGAUGUUUUAGAGUUUAAUAUGUGGACACGUGAGUAACGUGAUAGAAACUGUACUUGGUGUUGAAGGAAUUUGUGAGCUAUCAAUAUAACGAAAAAACAUUAGAGCAAGAGUUUUGGUAAUGAAAAUAAUAGUGCAGAGCUUGUAGGAUGAAAAGCUGUCCAUUUCACACCAAAAACAAAUCUAUAAUUUUUUUUUACAUGUGUUUGGACAUG